AUGUCGAGCACAAAGAAGCUGCGCGCCUGCCUCUUGUGCAGCUUUGUCGCUUCGCCCGCCGAGUUCCGCAAGCAAGGGUGCCCAAACUGCGAGGACAAGCUCGAGAUGAAAGGCGACCAGGACCGCGUCAUGACGUGCACCACGGCUCAGUUUGACGGCGUCAUCGCCAUGAUCAACCCGGACGAGAGCUGGGUCGCAAAAUGGCAGCGCAACGACAAGCACGUGCCGGGCGUCUACGCCGUCCGCGUGACGGGCCAGCUGCCGGACGACAUCGCCGAGGACCUCGAGGGGCGUGGGAUCAGCGCUACGUCGCGCGAGAACGACGACUGAGCGGGCGAGAAUCUCGAGGAGGAGCGCGAGGAGGGGACGAGGGUCGACUCGAGGGUCUCGUUUGCGCCGCCGGCUGCGCCUGUUGUACUCUGUCCUGCCUGCCUGUAUCGAUACGCGCGUACGUCGACUCC